AUGUUGUUCUUUAUUUUAAUAAGUUUUCUUGUAACUCUAGUGAAAGCUUAGACAGGGACAAUAAAUCCGACUUAGCAAAUCUAAUACUCGGAGUAUUCGAUGGCAGAUUGGAACAAUUAUUUGUAUUUUACAAUAGAAUCAAAAUAUGUUCCAGCUUCGGUAUUGUACUCUAACAAAUCCUCAAGCACCAGCAAUAUUUAUUAAAUUUUCUGCAUUUAGAAUACUAAAAUAAUAGACAUUAGUACAUAAUAUGUAUUUUUGACUUAUUUGAAAAUUGACAAUACUCUAAAAACAUUGACUCACUAUUUUGAAUUUUAAACACAAGUGCAAAAAUAUUCAGAAAAAAUAACACUUCAAAACUUAAAUUAUGAAGGGUACUGGUAUAGUUUGGAGAUUAGAAACGAUGCAAAACAGCAGUAAUUAAAUAUCACAUUUUAUUAAAACCUCAAUAAAAUUAUAUUGUUCCAAAAAAUUUUAAAAAAUGAGUAUUUUCCAAUUCAGGAUUACUUUUCCUUUUACCUUGGUGAGUCAAAAAUUGUAUUUAUUAUUCUAUUAUAAAAUUUAGUCAAGAUAUCUUGGGUACAAUUAAUUACAAGGACCAAUUAAGUAUCAAAUCCUUUCAUCAACUUCAAAGUUCACACCUUAGACUCAGACUUCAUGUAGUUCCACAUCUGGUUUGGCCUUAAGAAGUACAUUCAAUUAUUCCUCAACUAAUUUCUAUGAUUAUACAAUCAAAGAUAUAAUUUCAAAAUCAUAUGGAUUGACUACAUGGUUAAAAAUGGAAAGGAAUAGUAAUUUAGUAACUAACUAUGUCAAUGUGUUGCAUAUAUAAUAGAAUUUAAUAUAUAACUAUUUGUCCUAAAUAGGUGGAAGAUUAGCCUAAGUAUCAUACUCCAUCACAUCCACUAAAUAAAUAGUGGAAAUAAUUUACACCACUUUUACCUUUCCAACCAUUCCUUCUCUUGUAAACAAUGCAGAUCCCACUGAGAAAAUUGUUAGUUACGAAAUACCAAUUUAGUAUUCGCUUUAUAACUGGCAUUACUUUUCGUAUUCUUAUAAAAGUAACUAAAUCUAUUUGAAUAUAAAUUUUGUGCAACAAAACUAUCAAUUUUCGAAAACUUUGACUAGCGUUAACUAGUUUUCAGAUUUAAACUUAGUAAUUAAUUUGGGUGGAACCUAAUAUCACAAGAGCAAUAAUUAAGGGUAGUUUAAUUUACCUUACUUUUAUACUUGUCUAACUACUUAUACUCCAAAAUGUUAUCUAACAUGCGCUACUUGUUUUGGGCCAAAUAAAAAUGAGUGUCUUACUUGUUCUUCUGCAUCUAAUAGAUAAUUAACAAAAGAUAAUAUUUGUAUUUGUAAAUCUGGUUAUUUGGAUACAAACUUUACAACAUGUUAUAGCUAUGCAGGAACACCCAAUAUAGAACAAUUGAUACCCCUCUCCAAAAAGCAAGGGUAUGAUUAAGAGGAACCAAAUGUAAUUUGCUCUUUUGGAUACUUCCUGUAUGAUAAUCAAUGUUUUGAAUGGUAAUUUAAACAUAAUAAGUUAGUCCCAAACUUAAUCGUAUGUAUUUUUGUCCUGAGUGCAUCUAAUAUCCAAAUACUUGGGUCCUCAAUCCAAUAUGCACAAAAAAAUACUCAUAAUUUAACUAGAAUGAAAAUAACACAUUUGUAUAAGACAUUACAAAUGGUGCUUCCAUAUUACUUUUAGAAACAGAUCCAUAUAAUGUCUACUUAUUUAAUAAUAAUUAACUAACAUAUUGUAAUUUUUGUAGUUCCUUAUGCUUAACGCUUCCAUAUAGUUCAUAAUGUCUUGAAAGUGCAUACUACCACUUAAACCAACCUGUGUUGGUAAUUUGCAAUACUGGUGUAAAAUUGAUUGAUGGAGUAUGUAAGUCCUGUGAUACUGAUUGCUCAAAAUGUAUUCAAAUUGAUAAUGAACUUAUCUGUGUUACUCGUUCUCAAUUAUCACCUGUUAAUUAAGUUUGUAAUACAAAUUCUAAAACCACAUGCACAGGGUGUCAAAAUAACAGCCUUUAUUUUUAUAAUUUUGAAUAAAAUGAUUGCUACUUAUGUUCACUACCUAAUUGCAAAUACUGCUUCUAAUAUGUAAAAUCCAACCCAUUUUAUAAUUCAGUCUUCAAAUACUCAAAUAUCACAUAUGAUAAAGAAGAUCUAGUAGUUGGUUGCGCUCUUUGCUAUAAUGGAUUUAUCUUUAAUUUUGAUACUGGCUAGUGUGAAUAAAAUUAAAAUUUGUUAGGCACUUCCUGUUCCUUAUAUUACAUAAACCCUUCUAAAACUUCAGUAUGUAUUACUGAUAAUGAUUUUUCCAAUGGAGUUUAAAUCAGUGAUUGUUCAAAUUACUUAUAGAAUUGUAUUAACUGUAUCAAAAUAACAAGCAGUUAAUAUUACUGUGUGGCUUGCUAACCUGGAUAUUAUUUAUAAAGAGCUUAUGGCACUUGUCUAUCCUGCGUAGACUUUAAUCCUACUUAUAGCGAAUGCUAUUCCACUUAAUUAUAUAAUUAGAAUUAUAAAUAUGAAAUGACACCAUUAAUAUACAGUAUCAGUUAAUAAUACCCUGGCUCUUAAAAAGUUGAAUCUCUAUCUGUUUAUGUAAGUCAAUGUGCACCAGGCUAUUAAUUAACAACAAAUCAAAAUUGUAAUUUAGUAGAUCCUAUACAUUGCAGUGGCUAUUAAUUAGGAUGUAGAACAUGUGAAUCUACAUUAGAAGGAACAAAACGUUUAACAAUAAUUGACUUAAAAUGUUCAGAUUGUCCUUUUUAUUGUGAAUAUUGCAAACCACGUAGCUAAUUAGAAUUGCAGUAAUUGAAUCCCUAUCUGAAUUUAACUUUAAUUUAAAAUUGGCUAACUUAUAGAUGCAUCCAAAAAUCAACUACUUAAAAUUAUAUAUUCUUUGAUAAUGAAAAAUAACUAUCAAGACAGUGCACUUUAGAUGUUCCAAAAUGCUAACUUAAAAUAAAAUAUGUAAAUAUUUUACUUAAUAUAUCUUAGAAUUUUACAGCCUUCAGCAACUAUUAAAGUUUAAUUAAAUCUGGAGUAAUUACCAACUUAUUUUUAUUUUAUAAUCUCAAAAGCCCAACAUAUAUUGAUUUAUAUAUAAACUAGAGUACGACUUAUUCAGAAUUUAAUUCCUUUGUAAAUUUCAAUAAUUUAUAAAACAUAUUUAUUCAAUAAAUAUCAAGCGUUAAAUCCGUUAAGCUAACAUAUUACACUACAAAUGUGUCACUUGCUUUUAUUUUUGGAAAAUUAAAAUUUAUAAACUACUAGGAAAUCAUUUUCAAUUAAACAUCCAUUUUAUUUAGUUAAACUUAAUAAUCUAGUUUUGCAAUUGAAUCAUUAUUACAUGUGAAGUUGACUUUUGAAAAUGUAAUCAUUUCAGAUACCUUAUUGCAACCCACUAACUUAUAUAUUAUAUAUAAUGAUAAAACUACUGAAAGAUCAUAUUAAAUUAGUGUGUAAAAUCCUGAUAAAAUUAAUUUUACUAAUGUUAUCAUCUAGAAUAUUACAUUGGUUAAUGUGACAUUUCUCAACUUUACAUCAGUUGUUGAUAAAAUAACAAGUCUAGACAUUUUGAAUUUCAAAAACGUAACUUUUUUAAAUUGCUCAUUUACAUCUACCAAUUUAAUUAGCCUGAGUGAUCGGAAUAACUAUAAUACGAUUUAAUUUAUUAGUCUGCGAUUUAUCAAUUGCAUUUUCUAAAACAGUACAUUUUUCAAUGGUAUUGACUUAUCAUUAAGUGGAAUUGUUCUCUUUCAAGAUUUUAUUGUCCAAAAUUGCUCUAUGAAAAACUCUAUUUUUAUUUUGGCUCCAUAAAGCCAAACUAUUUUGAUUAGAAAUUUUUAAAUAAAAAAUUGUUCUUUUUAUGAUACUGAUUUUAUAAGAUUGUCCUCAUCAACAAAAAUUAUAAACCUAUCACUUUAGCAAAGCUUAUUGAAAAAUUUCGUUCUCAUUCACAAAAUUAAAACUACACAAUCAGUAAUUUCUGGUACUAAAGAAGAUUAUUACUUUGAAAAAAUAGUCAUUUAUAAUUCUUAGUAUUAUUAGACCGUCAUUGUAGAAAUCCCUUAAUAUGGUUUAGAAGAAAUAAGUGUUUCCUUAUUUGAUAUAUAAUUGUAUCAGUUGGAAUCGCUAGACAAUCCAGAAGAAAGAGAUUACUAUUUUUUUUUGAUAUAAACAUCCUUUUUUAAAGCAAGUCAAAUAUAGUUAAUUAGAUCCCCUGGAUGCAGAGAAUUUUCUAUUAAAAAUGCAAAUACUGUAAUAAUAUCUAAUGUUAAUGUAACCUCCACUCUUACACAAUAACAAUUUAACUUUGGUAAAUUAAAGGAAGGAUCACUUAGUUCAAUUUUUUAUAUUGAAGCUUAAAUUUUAGAAUUGAAGGAUAUUUUAAUCUCAAACCAAUUAUGUGUGGAUAAUAAAAUAAUUGACAUAAAUCUGAUUUAGAUAUUGAAUCAGAAUCAAGGAUAUUUAAAAUUAGAUAAUUUAUUAUUUUCAAACAUUCAAUUGAUUAAGACAAUAUUCUCAGAAAUAACCACUGUUUUGUUUAUUUCUGGCAAUGUCUAAAAUAACAUAACUGUUUCCAAUUCCAAAUUUUAAGAAAUAUUCUUAAAUGAAUUAGUGUAGGAUACUAAGAUUUCUUCAGCAGCCUUAGCUGUUAUACAGUCAGAAUCGAGCUAUUUAAGGUUAGUUGAUAAUUUAAUUAAUGAUGUUAUUGUGCUAAACUCGAGUAAUUCUAUUAUAUUGAUUUAAAUCUUGUCAUUAGAAAUCGUGAAUUUAACAAGCACCAAUAUAAAUAAUGUUGAUUACUUCUUUGAAAAGUAUCAAAAAGAAUAAUUAAUAUUAAUGUAGUUGAAUACUCCAGUAGUGAACUCUCAAGGCGGACUAAUAAAUUUGUAGAUUUAGUCUUUGUUUAUUAUUGAUUCUUAAUUUAUUAAUUCAACAGGAUUAUCAGGUGGUGUUUUUAGUAUUACUACAAAAUUAAAUGGAUUGCUAAAUAUAUCUAAUUGCAAUUUCAUUAAUCAAUCUACAAGUAUUAAUAAUGCUUAGGAUGGAAAAGGAGGCAGCAUUUAUAUUAAUUCAGAAAACUCAUAUUUGAAUCUUUAUAUCAGCGAUACAAGCUUUAUAAAUUCUAAAAGUGGUUUUAUUGGAGGGGUAAUUUACUUCAAACCUUCUUUUUAUUAAGUGUAAAUAUUUCUUAACAACUUAUAUUUAAAUAAUGUGUUUGCAAUUUAGUCCUCUAUAUUUUCGUUUUCGAUGAGUUAACUCAACUCUAGAUCAAUAUCCUACAUUUCAAUAAAAAAUAUAAGAGUUGAAAAUCGCUUUGAGGAAUUUCUAGACUACUUAACAUAAUUUAAUUUAGAUAUUAAUACCUACUAAAUAAAUUAAGAUUCAGCUGUAUUUUCCUUAAAAGACUGGUAAUAACUUAUAUAUUAUUUAUAGCCAUAUCAAACUAGAAAACUUUUAUUAUGAUGGAUUUGCAUUUCAACCUAUAUUUUAUUUCAAAUUUGUAAAGAGAAUGCUAAUUAACAAUUUGAAUAUUUAAGAUACAACUUAUAUGACUUCAGCAUUGGUGUAUUUUGAGAAUGAAUAAAGUAUUUUAAGUAAUAUAUUUAGGUUUGAAAUCUCUUUUUUUAAUCUAAAGCCUUUUAAUUACUGAUUGUAUCGAAUAUUAAAAUUAAGAAAAGCAUUACCCAAAUUAUGCCUAACAAAUUGUUAAUUUAAACAAUUAUUUUUCAUCUUUAGUUUAAGGAGAUAAUUUGAGAUCACUUAUAUAAAUGAAUAUUUAUGAAAACAUCUCAUCAGUUCAUGUUAAAUUGCUGAAUUUACAUUAUAAUAAUUGCACUUAUUGUAAUAGCGGAGUGUUUUAUUUAUAUAACCAAUAAAGCAAUAUAAAUUUAAAACUACAAGAAUUAAUUUUUCUAUCUAAUAUUUGUGGUUUUGAUACUUGUUUUUUGGUGAAAUCAGAGGAUACUAAAAAAUACCAUAGACUUACAAAAUCUAAAUUUAUUAAUAAUAAAGCUUAUAUAGGAGGAGCAAUUAGAUCAGAUAAUUUCGGUUUUCUUAUUAAAUAAAGCUUUUUCAUUUAGAAUUUAGCAAAAACCAAAGGAGGAGCAAUCCAUUAUUAAAAUAGUAAUUAACCUCUUAAAUUUAUUGAUAUCAAUUUUUAUUCAAAUUAAGCUCAAAUUGGUGGAGCUAUUUAUGAUUUGAAUAGAUACGAUAAUAUUUCUGAUUCAUUUCAUUUUAUAGAAAAUAAAGCCUCAGUAUAUGGCAAUAAUGUAGCAACCCAAGCAAGUAUCCUGUAAUUACAAAUGAAUGAUAUUCCUCAUCAUAGAUAGACAUAUCAAACUGAUAACAUUACUAUUGAGGAAGUUUUAUACUAUAAUAAAUCAAAAUUAACAAAAUAUUUAUAUUUUCCAAGCGGAACAGAUUUAAAUAGCUUUCAAAAAUUUAAUAAAAAUACUACUUCAUUUUACAAAUAUCCAUUAGAUAUAACAAUAAAAACAUUUAAUUUUCAAAAUGAACAAAUGAUUGAAUAAAACAAUACUAAAUGCAACUUUAGUAUUUAGCAUAUGAUGUAAGUAGAAAAUGAUGAAUAAAUUAUUAAUAAUACAAUUAUAACAUCAUCACUGUUGUAUGAUGGCACUAAAUCUUUAUACAAUUUAAAUUAACUUAUAUUUACAUUCGAUCCUUACUUGGAGAAUAAUAAUUACCUUAGAACUGAUGUUCAAUGUGAUAGUAUUAAAAAGAACAAUUACUUCUUAAGGUUUUACAGCAAAUCCUUUAAAUGCCAAAUUGGAGAAUAUUAUUAAGAUAGCAAAUGCCUCAAAUGUGACAGCAACCAAGGGUAUUAUUCUGUGGAAUACAAGGCAACCUCCUGUCAAAGAAUAAACAUUUAAAUGAUCAAAAGCACAACAGGGGCAUUAAUUGAAUUAUAAAGUGGGUAUUGGAGGCCAACUUUAAGAUCUAAUAAAAUUGAAUAGUGCAAUACAUAUCCUGGUAGAUGCCUUGGUGGAUGGUAGGUCUCUGAUCAAUCUUGUGAUAUUGGAGCACUAGGAGCAUUAUGCGAAUAAUGUGAUAUUUAUAAUAUAAGAGGACAAGGUUCUUUCUUGAAUAACAAAGCUUAGAAUUGCUAAAUAUGUGGUGAGUUCAGCUAUUAAUUUGCUUUUAUGAUUAUUGAUACUUUAUGGAUUGUGUUGCUGAUUGGAUUGACUAUAAAAAGUAAUCAAUUUUCUAAUAGAUAAUUGUUUAAAUUAAAAUGCCUUUAUAGACAUUUUGGAACUAUUCACAAAUAGAUGAUUGAUUAAACCAGUACUUUAAUUAAAUUGGCUAAUAACAUCUUUUAGAUUUUAUCAUUAAUUAGCACAUUCUAAAUUUCAAUAUUUUCCAAUUUGACAAAUGCUAUUUUAUUUUUGGGUGAUUCCACUUAUAUGGUAACAUAUCAACUCGAUUGUUCAAUACCAUAUAUUACUAACAUUAAUUAUGAAUAUGCCCAUUAUAUUUUAAUGCUAUUAUUGCCUCUCUUGCAUUUUGCACUAGGAUGCUUUAUAUUUUUGUUAUUUUUACUUAGGAAAUAAGUGACUUUUUCUAAAUCGUACAUUUUCUCUGCAAUAAUUUAUUUAUACUGUUUGAAUUAGCAAAAUAUUAUUAAAUGGUAUUAUACUAAUUAAUUUUAGGGGUGUCUCAUUGAUAACUAAAAGAUCGCUCUCAGGGAUUGAUUGGAUUCAAGCUAAUGUAGAACAUAGAUAUGAUACUUAAGUUCAUCAAGAUUGGUCUAUUAGAUUCAUAUACCCCAUUUUAAUAGUUUAUGGUAUCCUCAUUCCUUUGUUUUUGUAUCUGCAAUUAAAAAGAGUGAAAGAUUGCCUUGAUGAUAAGAAUGCAAGAAUAAAAUAUUCUUUUUUAUAUAACGAGUAUACAGCGGAAUCCUAUUAUUGGGAAAUCAUUAAAAUGCUUCAAAAGCUAUCUAUUAUCCUUAUUGUUAAUUACUAUGAAUAAUUUAUACUAGUAAAAGGAAUCAUAAUCUUUUUGAUCAUCUUAAUUUACUACAAGCUUUGCUAAUAACUUUAGCCAUAUAAAUUAUAAUCCAUAAGUACUAUUGAUGUCAAAACAUCCUUCUUAUUGUCUGUCACCAUUAUAUGUUGUCUCCUGCUCUAUGCAGUUUAAUAAGCAAACAUCAUGUAUCUGAAUUAUUUGAUUUAAAUGAUCAUAAUUUUUCUAAUUUUGGCCUUAACAGAAGCACUAUUACAUAGAAUUUUCAUUGCAUACAUAGCAAAAUUAAACUUACAAUUAGAUUUUAUAAGAAAAAUAAUUAUUAGAAGAUUCCCAUCUAUAGCUAAAGAAAUGAAAUGCCUCAAACCAUAUCUUUUGUUGAGAAAGGAUCAAGAAGAAAGAAUUCAAACUAGAUUUAGGAAAAUUAAACAGUAUUUAAAAAACCAAUCGAAAUUUAUCAAUAGCAGACAAGUUUUAUUGAGCAUCAAGGAUUCUAGCUUUAUUGCUUCAAAUCCUUUGUCACAAAAUACAACUAGGCCUUUCAUAAAUACAGAUAGGAACUAAAACACAAAAAUUUUAGACUGA